AUGGCCGCCCCUUCAGGAUCCGUUCCAAAACAGGCUAUGCCCUUUGAUGAUAAGUUGUUUCAAAUCAUCGGUGCCGAUGAGACGCUCACAAUCGCUCAAUAUGAGAUGACCAUCUUACCCGCCUUCCCACCUGACUCCAUCAUUCACGACAAUGCAUGUGGCCUAGGACCGGUUACUCAAAGCAUUCUAGCUACAUCACCACCUGACAAUAUUAAAAUCCACGCUACAGAUGUUGCUCCGCCAAUGGUGCAAAUCUACAACGGCAUCGCGGCGGGGAACAAAUGGCCCUCCAAAGCCGUUCUCAUGGAUGCGCAAAAGCUAGAAUUUCCCGAUUCCACUUUUACUCACUCCUUCCUAUCUUUCGGCUUGCCCAUCAUCGAUGACCCCGUUGCGGCCGCUAAGGAAAUGUACCGUACCCUCAAGCCGGGGGGUACCGCCGUCACGGCCUUCUGGCUAUCGAUUCCGCAAGGAACGUCGGCUCAGGAGACCCGUCGCGCGGUGUGGGGCCCCGACGCACGAAUUGCCAUCGAGCCCAAGAUGAAGACUAACGACCGCGAGUACAUCCGAAACCGCCUGGUAGAUGGCGGAUUCAAAUACGAGGAUGUGAAGCUGUAUGAAAAGUCUGCAUUUUUGCCCGUUAAGGAUCUUGACGAGUUUGCAACCGCCAUCUGGAGCGCCAUUGGCCAGCCGGCCGGUGGGUGGACAGAGGAGGAUGAGGAGAAGUGGGAUGAGGCCGUGGCAAAGUAUAAGGAGAUUCUCAUGAAGAAGGACGGAUUUCACGUAGAUGGAGAUGGCAAAAUUACUUUGGAGGCUAUCGCUCAUGUUGCUAUUGUCAAGAAGCCUAAUUAA